UGGUCACCAACACUGUCAUCAUAAAUUCCCUAGAGCUGUCAGUGAAAUGAAAGAAUCCAUAACCUCAAUAUUUCAAAAACGUAAACAUUGCCGGAAUAUGAUUACAAAUAUGAAAAAUCCAUAUUUCUGAUCUAUUAAAUCAAAUAUGAGCAACGAGGUUGACACGUUAGAUUCUUUACUUAAAUCUCUGCACGUCAACGUCUCUCGGAUAUGGCUCGAAAGUUGUAUCGGCUGGUGCAAAGAAGAAACAUUACCGCCUUCGUACACUUUGAAACAACUUCAAAACAGCGUCUUAGAACAGUGGUUGCUGCUCGAUCUGCGAGACUUGGAAAUACCUUGUUUGCCGCCUAACAUAGCGCAGAAAAAGAAGUUUAUUUUGAACGGGACCUUUUCCUUGCAGCUGAUGUACGUUACGGACGUUUCCAAGCCGAAACAUUGGCAGUUACAGAGAAUAAGGAACGGUAUACCGAAAAAUUUGGACCAAGAAGCCGAAAACUCCAAAAGAAUGUUGAUGUUGUGCCUUACGGACGGUGUACAAGAAGUUUUCGCGUCAGAAUACCAACCGAUACCUUGCCUGAACAUAAACGUGCGCCCAGGGCUGAAAAUGAAGCUAAAGGGGCCCAUAGACGUGCGACAAGGCAGACUAAUGCUAAAAGCGGAGAAUGUAAAACUUCUAGGUGGUGAAGUUGAUUCUUUGAUAAUCCCAAAUGCUGCUGAAAAUAUACUUGCUGAACGGUUGAACCUUCCUUUCAACCCAAAACCAAACGUGAUCUCUGAAAGUAUAUUAGCUGCAAACGAGUCCGUAAAUAGCAGCGUUGUACAUAGUUCGUAUGCCAAUGUUGAUAGAAGUUUAGCUACAAUUCCACAAAAUGUGAAUCGAGCAGUGAAUGUGCACCAAGUCUCAAAUAUGCAGGAUGAUGCUGUUGGAGAUCUGAUUUCAGAAGAUGAUAUGCAACUCUUGAUGGAAAUGCCAGACGAUUUCGAUGAUUAUGUUCCCCAAUCAAAGAAAGUUCAAUCCGAGUCUUCAGUGACGCAGAGAGUUUGUAAAACUCCUGAUAUGUUCGAAGAUAUGGAGUUUGAUGUCGACUUGGCAAAUAUCGAAGUACCCCCUGUUGAAAUCAAGUUGCCAGAAAAAAAACAAGAGAAUAACGGUUCACAAGGUGCAAAUGUAAAAACAAUAGACCACAAAACAAAUGAAAUCAGCAUGAGAACAAAUGAAGAAGCAAAAUCGGAUAGAGUUGAUGAUAGUAGUAUUAGGAGAAUAGAAGAUGAAUAUUUCGUAUCUCCACCUAUAAAAACAAAUAUAUGCUCGAUAGGAAAGUUGUCGAGUAGUUUGCCGAAUAUAAGCAAAGGGAAGUUUAAGAUUAAAGGCAAAUUUGUGACUGUAGUAGAGAAAAUGACAGUAAAUGAUGAAGGCUAUCAGAUGGUGAUCAAAGUUACAGAUGACAGUGGUGAUAUUUCUUUGAAAGUGUCAGACGCUGUCAUGGCAGGUGUGAUCGGUUACACAGCAAAAGAAUUCAUGGGUUUCAAGGAAGCCAUUUUGAAGGAGUCUGCAGAAGCAGAAUCGCAAGUUCUUGAAGCGUUGAAGAGACUGAAACUGUGGCUGACAAAGUUGGACAAUAUUUUAGAAGUUCAAGUGGAUAAGGAGCAGAAGGUUCCUUUUGUUAUCAAAGUUUUGUGAUAUGCAUGAUGAUAAUUAACAUAAUUUUUGUAUUACCUUUGAUUAAAAAAGAUUUCCAUGGUACUAACUAAAAAUAGGAUUGGAUCCUUGCUUUUAUAUUUGUUUGAAAUAUAUCUUGAUACUUCUACGAUUUGCUUUGGUUAUCUAUCAAGAUCUAUAUAUUGAAUAACAACCUGGCAUUUCCAAAAUAUUUAUAUACCAGUCACGCCCUUGAUAAUAAUGAUAAAAGUAUACAAAAACUUGGGUCAUUUUAUUGUUCAUGCCUGAAACAACAUAAAACCUUCCAGGCUCAUAAUAACAAAAAAAUAUUUGCUGGCUUACCUUUGGAGAUGUGUGAUUAAAACCGGCUGAUAAACGUAUUUCAUUUUCUAUUCUUAGUUCAAAUACUUGAAGACAUAUUUAUAUGAAAGGUGAAAUAAUACGCAAAAUUAUCUCUCCAACAUACUUUUAUUAUGAUGAAUAUGAAAAUAGCAUUAAAACUUACUUCCUUUUUGAAGGAAU